UCCUCCUGCACGUUGUAUCGCGGAUGAAGCCGAUGUUGACCGUCCUCUGCUGCAAUACUGUGCAAAGUGUUACCAGCCAGGGAAAGAUUGUGAUAAACUGCAAAAUGGGACAUUGAAAAGUGUUUAUUGACACAAACCAGACAAGGCAACAUAAUUGCAGACUAUAUCUAGCAACCAAGAAUGUCAGUAAACCGCUGUAUUCUUCUGUUCUCACGAGUACAACACAGAAUAUGCGCCGUAUCUGUACGAAACACAAAUGCUCUGGUGGACAGUCGUUGUGUACACUUUGGAUCUGUAACGUUAUUGAAAGGGCCCUUGUCUGGUUCUGUGUCCUCCAGACAAGGUGUUUCUUCGAACAGUUCGUCACGACCACCAGACACCUCACUAUUUGUGCCUCUCAGCAUCAAGAGUGAUGUCGGCGGUAAUGGCGCUGUGGGAGCUGAGCUCACGCAACCUUUGGACAAAAGUACUGUACAUCCAUAUUGUUGUGCUAACUGUUAAUGUUGAUUGCCAACUACACAGAUUAGCUGUCAGUAUAUCUGCAGCUGACUGCUACUGAACUGUUGAUGAUAUCUUCCACAUAGCCUGUUGAAGACAGCUAGCCAUUGGCCCUGAGACAUGGCUGUAUUCUAACUGUAUACUAUGGAGUCUACAGCCAUGUCUCAGUCAUGGCUAGAUAAAAGGCCAAGUUCCCUGUCAAUAGAUAUUUUGAAACUUGUUCGCUGUGACUCGCUUUCUGUAAUGUUUAGCCUAUAGCUUCAAUAAUAAGCCUACUGUAUGGCAAUUUUAUCAGACACGUGGUUUCUCCUAACAGAUGAACUUCUCAACAUUUUGAAUAAGUUCUACAAAAGGAAAGAGAUGCAAAAAAUUGCAGCGGAUCAAGGUCUCGAUGGUGAGAACAACAUAAUAAUUUCAACUGGCUGGCAUAACGGUCUGGUACUCUUUAUCAAAUAUAUUUUUAGUGAUGAUACUUCUCCAACAUGCCUUAUGGUCAUACUAAAACAUUGAUCUCUCCAUGUCAGCUCGUCUCUUUCACCAAGCCUUCAUCAGUUUUCGGAAGUAUGUGCUGGAAAUCUCUACGCUCAGUGCGGACCUUCAUAUCAUCCUCAAUGACAUAUGCUGUGGAGCAGGUGAGUUCAACACUGUGCUUAUAUUUAAGGAAUCAGGUGAUUAAAAGCAACUGCAAGUUGGAACUUAAUUCCAACCCCUCACACCCUGUCAACUGAUGAGUGUUUUUGCUUGUGCUCAUCAGGCCACAUAGAUGACCUUUAUCCUUACUUCAUGAGACAUGCCAAGCAGAUAUUCCCCAUGCUGGACUGCAUGGAAGAUCUACGCAAAAUCAGUGAUCUGCGUGUACCAGCUAAUUGGUAAGUAUCGCAUGUCAUCUUUAGGUGACCGCAACAUUAUACACAUUUUUCAUUAACAUUUUGAAAAUGCUCUUCCAUUCAUUGUAUCCAUUUUAUAUAUAUAGUUCCGUGUUCACACAAUACUCCACACAACUGUCUUUCAGCCAUGCACUUGAAUGUUUCCCAGGUACCCUGAGGCUAGAGCCAUCCAGAGGAAGGUGAUAUUCCAUGCUGGCCCCACCAACAGUGGAAAGACCCAUCAUGCAAUUCAGAGAUACCUGGCUGCCAAGUCUGGUGUCUACUGUGGACCGCUGAAGCUGUUAGCCCACGAGAUCUUUGAAAAGAGCAACAAUGCUGUUAGUAUAACCCCUCUUUCACUAGUAUACCUCUCCAUAGAGAGAAUACGUCAUUUAGAAGGCUUUUUGUGUACUUUAGCAAAUGGGCAAUUCCACGCUAAUGGAAUUAUGCUGAGACUCAGAUGUUUUACUUUAAAAUGCCAAACAAAAACCAUUGAUUUCAAUGUUUACCAAACCAUACAACUCUAUGGUUUAAACAAUUUACACAAUACAUAAAAAAUAUAUAAACAACUGCAGAUGCAAAGUUUUAUGGUAAAAUCUCUGUAAAUGUGUUUUUGUUAAAUUUUCAGUGGAAAUUGUUAAAAUUAGGCCUUGUGCAUAGAGUUAUAUGGUUUGUUAAACUUUGAAAUCAAUUUUUUAUUUUUGGUAUACAUUUUAAAGUGAAAAAUAUGAGUCUCAACGUAAUUCAGUUACCAUGGAAUUUCCCUUUUACCUUGAAACAAUUGAAGUAAAAUUAGUUUAUCUAAGCAUUUCUUACCAACAUUUCCAAAAUGUUUAAAUUAAUUCUCAGAGCACUAUGUCGAAGGAAGACGUUAAAUGAACUUUUUUCCGCCAGGGUGUGCCAUGUGAUUUGGUGACAGGAGAGGAGAGAACAUUUGUGGAUGAGGAGGGGAGACAAGCUGAGCAUGUGGCCUGCACUAUUGAGAUGUGCAGUGUCACAACUCCAUGUCAGUAUCUUACCUUAUCUCUCAACUUGAUAAACAUAUUUAAUGUACAUGAGAUGAUUUUAUCACUACCAUUCAAGUUAAAGGUGUCAAACACAUUUUCCACUGGGGGCUGCAUCCGGUCUUCAACGAGGUCCAGAGGGCUGCACUGAAAAUUGGUUAUAUUUCCACGCUGUCAAAAUGUGCCAAAAAUAGUCCUCUAUCUAUUGUUUUGGGGAUUUCCGAUGCUCCCUGACUGUCUAGCUUUCAUUUCGGUGAUUAUUAGCAAGCUGGACCCAGUCAAGAAACUAUGAAUGUAGGUCCAUUAUCAUUUCAAUACAGUUUCGAUUUGGUUUUAGUCAUUUUAAAGUAUGCCGUAUGUUUGAUUGCCCUGAUUUAAGUAUUCGAUUCAUGUUCUGAUAGAGCUAGAUUGCAUUUGACGUUUCUUAUCACCAUCUGAGUGUUAACUAACAUGUGAAACGUGUUUUUUUCCAGAUGAAGUUGCGGUCAUUGAUGAGAUCCAGAUGAUCAGAGACAUAUCGAGGGGAUGGGCCUGGACCAGGGCUCUUCUCGGUCAGUAACUUCACUGUGACAGUUAGGACAAACUACAGGCCAUUGGAAGAUCACAAAUUCUGAAUAUUUAGUUGCACUUUGUUAUGGUACAUAAAUUACCAGCUAUUUAUUAAGUCAAUAAUGAUAUGGCAAAAUGAUGAUUUCACAAUAAUAACUAAUGGAUUGUUCUUUUUCCUCUUUCCCUCUUAUGCUUUACUCUGUGUCCGGGAAUAGGUUUGUGUGCUGAGGAGAUCCAUGUGUGCGGAGAGCCUGCAGCUAUUAACUUUGUCACAGAGCUCAUGUACACGACAGGGGAGGAGGUGGAGGUGAGUCUGGCCAAUCUAGUGAACAUUAGUGUGUUUGUCUUCUAAGACUGUUCCAGUCAUUUGGGUAGAGGCCUGGCAUGUCAUUAACAUGAUUAUACUGAAUAUCAACGGUCUCAUCCUAUGAGAAUAAACACUCAGGCUUCUAGACCGGCACCCAAAAAAUACUUGUGAUGUGAAGUGUCUUACAGUUGACCCAAUCUACUGGCAGGUUCGUAACUAUAAGAGGCUCACUCCUUUCUCAAUCUUGGACCAUGCUGUGGAGUCUCUGGAUAACCUGCGACCAGGCGACUGCAUCGUAUGCUUCAGCAAAAACGAUAUUUACUCCAUCAGUAGGCAGAUCGAGAUCAGAGGCCUGGAGUGUGCGGUCAUCUACGGCAGCCUUCCACCUGGUAAGGUUGUUUUUAGAUGUCCACAGAGCACAGUGAUUGAGGUGAUGGAGAGUUAGAAUGGUGUGAAAAAUGUAAAAUACGGACAUUCAACUUGUUCAGGUGCUGGACGGAAAAACAAAUAUCUGAUAUACUACCGCUGUGACAUUACUCAAUCCUUACAUUUAUAAUAGUGUGUAUCAUUAAAGCACUGUGAAUUCUCUGGUCAACAGGCACCAAGCUAUCUCAAGCAAAGAAGUUCAAUGACCCAGAGGACCCGUGUAAGAUCCUGGUUGCAACGGAUGCCAUAGGGAUGGGACUAAACCUGUGAGUUAACCAUUGAAACUGAUCUUGUUAGCAUAUUGUUGAAGUUUAUUGUUUAAUUUUAAUUUAUCAUUGACAAUCCAUAUUACUUUUGAAGUACAUUGUUCUAAAGAUUGUCAUAAAAAUACUAAACAAAAAAAACAUACACAUUUCUUGCAUGUUUAGUUGAUUUUUUGUUUGCUGUAAAGUUGUAGUUGUUGCCUCUAUAAGCACUCUACCAUAUCCCUUCCACACUAGGAGUAUCAAGAGAAUCAUCUUUAACUCCCUGGUGAAACCCAACAUCAAUGAGAAGGGUGAGAAGGAGAUGGACACCAUCUCCACGUCUCAGGCUCUCCAGAUCGGCGGGCGGGCCGGACGCUUCAGCUCCAUCUUCAAAGAGGGCGAGGUCACCACCAUGCACCGCGACGACCUGCCAAUCCUCAAGGAGAUACUCAGCAGGACCGUCGACGCCAUCGAGGUGAGGAACAGCACAUGGGCCAUUUCUGAAUUUUGCCCUUCUGUUCGGACUAUUCAAUAUCCUUUAUUUAAUUUAAUGACAAUCAAGUAUGACAUGAUGUUUGUUUCCUAAUCCUAGACAGCUGGGCUGCACCCCACAGCAGAGCAGAUUGAAAUGUUUGCCUACCACUUACCUGAUGCCACCUUGUCCAAUCUGAUAGUACGUUUCUUUACUUCAUUACAAUUUACUCUGUAACGAGAAUCAAGAUUUACGGUUAGUCAAUUCACAGAUGAAUAUAGAAUAAUUUGUGUUCAUUUAAAAGUAACCCAUUUUCUUUUUACCCUAAGGAUAUAUUUGUGAGCCUCUCGCAAGUUGAUGGUAUGUACUUUGUGUGCAACAUUGACGACUUCAAGUUCCUGGCUGACAUGAUCCAGCACAUUCCCCUCAACCUGCGCUGUCGAUAUGUGUUCUGCACUGCGCCCAUCAACAAGAAGCAGCCCUUUGUGUGCACCUCCUUCCUGAAGGUAGGAGCAGAGACAUGUUUACAGCAGAAUCCCUUUCCCAUUAGCAACACUGGUUUAAACAUCUGGGCCCGCAUUCACAAAAUAUGAGUAGGAGUGCUGACAUAGGAUCAGCAUUGCCUUUUAGAUCAUUAUGAAUAAGAUUGUAUGGACAGGGGGAACAUGAUCCUAGAUCAGCACUACUACUCUGAGACACUUUGUGAAUACAGACUUUAACCUCUGACUGAAUUUGACUGGUUAACACCCUAAUUUCAUGUCAUUCAGGGAUAGGUCCACCUUUUGGAUUCAUAUUAUGGCAUGAUGUUGCCAGUUUGCCUCUGAUAUGAACUGUCUUACUGGAACUAUAACAGCAUUGAUAAGGUUUUAUUGUUGGUUGUUGGGCUUUAAGGGACGUGACAUGAGUGGUGUUCAGGCAACAGUAUUGAUAAGAUCUGUUGUGGAUUGGGUGAAUGACACAUUACUGUGACUAUGGCCUAAGUGUAAUCCUAUUGAUAAGGUUUAUAGCACUAUGGAAUUUGGGUCUGGAUGAUCAGAGACUGAUUGUGUGUGACGUGACCCUCUCCCAAUCUAUCCAUGUCCAGUUUGCCAGACAGUUCAGCAGAGAUGAGCCCCUGACCUUUGAUUGGGUGUGUCGGCAUGUCAGCUGGCCGCUGGUCUCACCCAAGAACAUCAAGGACCUGGUGCACCUGGAGGCUGUCCAUGACGUGCUAGACCUCUACCUCUGGCUCAGGUGAUUCCAUCUCUACCUUACCAAUACCAAACCAUUCACCAAGCCAAAUGACCAAAUGUUCUUGUGCUAAUAGUCGUCACAGAAUUGAGUAACACUGUGCAUAAUGAGGUCAUUGAUUGUCUUUAUUGCAAAUAAUCUCAAUUAGAUAGUAAUAAUCCUCUCUUCACGUUGCCAGCUACCGCUUCAUGGACAUGUUCCCCGACGCCAAUCAUGUCAGAGAGAUCCAGCAGGAGCUGGACAGCAUCAUCCAGGUGGGUGUGCGCAACAUCACACGACUCAUCCGAGCCACGGAGACCAGCGCCCCCUCGGGGACAAACCCCCUGUCCAACCAGAGGAGGCUGGGGCCCAGCCCAGUAUCCCCAAGGAGGGUCCGAGGAGCCCCCAAGGCCCAGGACAGUGGAGUAGAGGGUUGGCAGCUGGACAAGUCCCUAAGCUCCCGCCUGGUGCAGGAGGGCUUACUGACUCCUGACCUCCUAAGGCAACUGCAGAAGGAGUGGUCCAAGGUGCACCGCCAAGAGGAAGAAGGAGUCAAACUGGUUGCAGGGAAUAAUAAAACCAAAGGGAAUAAGAAGAAGAAGUGAACGUCCCAGGUUUUGCCUUAGGUCCUAACUAAAACAUAGAGGGUUUUGUCUGUUAUUUUGACUGGACUUCAUACCAGGCGGUGUCAUGCAUUUUCAGUGGCUGAAGAUGUUGAUUAAUUGUAUGUGUACGUAUGUAUGUGUAGGUCCCAGCUCCUGUCUAUAUCUGCUCAAAAACAGAUAGUCAUUUUGUGGGCCAAAUGGUGAUGUAAAAAUCCAAAGUAAUAUCUUAUCUUAUUACACAGUCAUUUUGCGGUCAUCUUUUUAUCACUUGAAAAGUAAAAUGGUUGACUGCAUCUUCACGUAGACAGAUGGUCUGUCUCGCGCAGCAAGUAAUGACAAGAUGUUACACUGUGAGGUAACAUUUAUUAAGCAACUCUAAUAUGUGCCCAGCCCAUGCUUGGGCUAGCCUACUGUAACUGCCGCAAACUCAAAUGUUACCACCACUGAUUAUAUGCCCCUAUGUAUGAUUUAAGGAAUUGAAAUAGCAUAAGUGAUAAUGUGAUUGAUUAAAAAAAAGUGUAAUCAUAUUUUUGUUUUGAUGA